GGCCGCCUUGGCAGUGCAUGAGGCUAUGUCAUCUCCAGUAGCACUAAACUAUCAGGCCAAGCUACCAUCAGCUUCUCACAUCAACACAACGAACCCACAUCUAGGCCCAGUAGCAGCCGCGGAGCAGAGCAGAGCAGACACAAACAGCCCCGGAGUUCCCCGUCCUGUCAUGUCCAUCACAGACUUUAUCCCUGUGGAGGACGACUCCCGUGCCAACCUUUCAACCCCUGAGCCCUACCCCACCCCGCCCAAGGCCCUAGUGCCACACGCUAGGGACCUCAUCAACCCCCUGGACACACAGCCUCUCCGGCCCCCCAGAGCCCCCUCUCCCCUGGAGUCAGAACCAGACUACUCCAUGGAGAGGCCGACCACACGCUUGGUGUCCAUGGAGGACUUCCUCAGGCAGGACCAGGACACAGGCUUCAACAGGCAGCCACAGCGUUAUACCGCUGGCCUGGUGGAGCCAGAGAGCAGUAGGGGAUCUGACCUGUCUGAUAUCCUGGAGGAAGAGGAGGAUGACCUCUACUCUGACCCCCCUGGACCCGCCCUGGCCCGGGGGUACACCACCGGAGCUAACAGGGAGGCUGGGUGGAGCGGACAGCCUGGAUCUCCGAAGCUGACCAGGUCAGAGGUCAUACAUCAACUCAAAG